AUCUUUCAUAAUGUCCCACAAUUUAUGAGAUAUGCCCUGCUCUAACCUUAAUUUCUCAAAUAAGGAAAGAAAUAUUGAAUCUAACUGAAAAACGUGGGGGUUUUAAACCCUAAAGAUUCUGUUAUCAUUUUCAAAAAUUUUAAAAUGGAUCAACAGUUUACUAUCCAAACUAACAGCACCUUUAGAGAAUUUUACACAUAUCUCACAGGAAUGAAUCUGCAAACACUUUCAUUUAUCAUCAUCAGCCUCAAAGAUUGAUGUACG